AUGCUGCCGAAAAAGGACGGCCAUCCAGAGCCGUACGCUCUGGAGGACAUGAUAUCCGAUCUCCAAGCGCGACGAAAUUCCCUCGACCAGGAGGACCUCGAGGAUCCGGUGGAGCUUCUUAAGAAACGCGACAGGGACCUUGUUUUAGCGGCAGAAUUGGGGAAGGCGCUUUUGGAGAGGAAUCAGGAAUUAACCAGGCAGAGUGAGAUCCUCGUCGAGGAGUAUUCGUCAAAAUUAGAGGUGAGUUUUUUUUACCACGCUUCAUUGCAUUGACAUUAAUCCGUUAGAGUAACUUAUUCGCUCGAAGCAUUUUAUUCUCGUUAACUAGACUUCGUUAAUCGAUACUUGA